AUGUCCGCAACAGAAAGCACCACCAGCAUAACAACAACCACCGACACGACGUUGUUACUUGUCUCCUAUGAUCUAUGGUCUCUUGUCUUGACCUUUGGUGUGGCUCUGAUCAUAUUCUACGUGUUAAAAAUCAUUGUGAAUUUGAGAAGAAACAUUGCAAAAGGAAAAGACAUUCCGGGAUAUUGGCAAAUUCUCAAUGAAGGACUUGUUCGAAUUCCUAUUCUUUCACCGUACAUUGCCCAUGGCAAUUCCGAUGUGGUGAUUCGAUUGAUGCGACAAGAACAAGAAAAACACAAAAACGACAAUGACAACUCUCAACAAUUGUGUGUUCGAGUCACGACUCCACACCGAAACAACAUUAUCAUUGCCGAUAAAGAUUCAGUCAAGGAAGUACUACUCACCAAAGCGUCGAGCUUUGUAAAACCAGUAGAUGCCUUCUAUGAACCAUUUAACAUCUUUUCCAAGACAGCAAGUUCGAUUUUGACAGCUCCCGACGGACCUGUGUGGAAGAAUCAUCAUGUAGUCGUCUCUCCUUCAUUUUCUACAAAUAAUUUGAGAUAUAUGUGUGAAUCGGCAAUCAAAGCAACAGAUGCAUUGUUUAAAACAAAAUGGGAGAAAUUGUUGGACAAGUCAUCUGAGACAAUUACUGUAAAAGGUAAUCGUGGAGAGCAAAAGAAGGGUUUUGUGUUGGAUUUGGAGGAUUAUUCAGAUGUCACUUUGGCAGUCAUUGGUGAAGCAGGUUUUGGUAUUGACUUUGGAAUUUUCUCUGAAACUUCAAAUGAUGGAAAGAAAUUUAGAGAAGCUCUGACCAAUGUCAUCAAGCACGAUUAUUAUCAACGAUUCUUCUUUGGACAGGGACUUGUUCGAAAACUGUUAGCUCGUUACACUGAAACUGAUAAGGCUCUAGCAUUAAUGAGCGAACAUUUGAAUCGAUACAUUUCACAGAGACAAGAAGAAUUCAAACAAGAUCCAGAGAAAUCGUUGAAUGAUUUAUUGUCACAAUUAGUGAAGGCAAAUAUGGAAGAGUUAUCGAAUCACAAAUUGACAUUGGAUGAGUUGAAGAGUAAUGCAUAUAUUUUUGUCAUUGCAGGACAUGAAACAACAAGUACAACAUUACAAUGGCUCAUGUAUGAAUUGUCAAAGAAUCAAAAAGCUCAAGAAAAAGCAAGAGAAGAAGCGUUAAGAAUAGGUGGACCUGAGUUGAGAGCUCCUAACUUUGAAGAUUAUGCAAACAUGGAGUAUAUUCAUGCUACCAUGAUGGAAUCUCUUCGAUUGCACCCUCCUGUUGUUUCAAUUGUUAAAGAAUGUUGCAAGACCACCAAAGUUGGCAAGUACACCAUUCCAAAAGGUUCAACCAUGUAUCUCGAUGCCAAGGCAUGUCACACCUUGUCUCCUGAUUUCAAUAAUGAAACUUAUAAGGGAACAGAUUUUGCACCCGAACGAUUCCUCGAUAAGGAUUUCAAACAAAAGGUCAUUUCAAGCGUUAGUUGGUUCCCAUUUUCAGGAGGUAACCGAAAAUGCAUUGGCUACUCGUUCAGUCAAAUUGAAACUUGCAUGAUCUUGUGUCGUCUUUUACAGUUUUAUGAAUUCACAUUAUUGAACGAUGAAAGUAAGAAGGAGGAUGUAGUUGUGGAUGUUCCUGGCAUCACUGCUAGACCUUCAUCGAAUUUGCGAGUCUUGGUCACAAGAAGACAAUAA